UGCAUUUUCCUUCGACUGGGGGGCCUUUCUCUUCAUUCAUUCGCAAGCCCCUCGUCUCUCUCUUUACCUCUUCCCUAUACGUUUAUUUUUAACUACCCCGUUUUCUAAUGGCCGAAAAAUCCACUCCGGGACCGAGUCGCAGCACAGGCCCGACGCUGCAGAGGGGAAAGGCGUGCCUCCGGUGCAGAAAGCGGAAGAUGCGGUGUGACGGCACCAAACCAGCAUGUCAACAGUGCCAGCGUGCCAAAAAGGGCGAUCUCUGCGAGUAUGACGAUGGCAAGGGCAAGACCAGGACGCAGGUCCUUCGCGAAAACAUCGCUAAACUGGAGGCGCGGAUCCGCGAGCUCGAGGAUCCCGACCGGAAUGAUUCCUCGAUCACUCUGUUCGACCCUCACGCAUUGCUCUUCUCCGAAGAAUCUUCGUCCUCGAGUGCCGGCUCUCCAUCGAGCCUUCCGUUCUCGACAUCACACUCGCCAUAUCCAUUCGAGGCAUCCCCCACACCACCACUUCCGACCCCAUCCAUUCCAUGGGAUCAAGUCACCUCGGGUUCACCCAUUCCCUUCGGCCGAGGAGGUCUCGCAGAGCCGGUACCAAUCGAGUUAGCGCAAACCUUCCUGGAUAUUUUCUUACCUCACAGACAUCAAGUCGGCUUGGAGCUGCACACUGAACGCCUCAGAACUUCUCUCCUCCUACCCCCCGAGGAGCAGCGCCAUCCCGUCCUAAUGAACGCCAUCUACCUUUGGGCAUGCUACCUUUCACGACCACAAUCACUUGGUCAACACGAACCCCUGUACCUCGCACGAUCUCUUGACUUCCUCAACGAAGCACUCCAGAACUCGAACAAAGUCAUCGACAUCAUCCAAGGCUGCUGUUUGCUUUCCCUCUACCUGCUUACAAAUGGCCGGCUCCUCGAAGGGAGUUAUCACGCAAGCAUCGCCGCAUCCCUCGCGAUGCAGUGGGGUCUCCACCGGCAAGUAUCUGAGGAGCCCGAUACGGGAGUCUGUCUCGAUUCUAGCUUCAAAUUGCCGCCGCCGGGUGAUGCCAUUGAGCGGGGCGAGCGAAUCCUAGCAUUUUGGCAGGUGUUCGUCUUGGACCGUUGUUGGUCUGUCGUCCUCCAACGACCGUCGACGAUUCAAGAUGGCAGGGACAUGCUGACAUCCAUCACGUUGCCCUGGCCACAGGAUAUGCAGGAUUAUGAAGCGGGCAAUUUCAGCAAUCUUCUCGACUUCGCGACGGUGCAGGCGUUCUUGAUGCAUCAUAGUCAAGUCCCUACUUUUGACGGUGGCUUUUCUGAUUUUGCACUCCGUGCGAAGGCGUCCGCACUAUUCGAAGAGGCUGUCAAGCUGUCCUGCACUUGGAGUUCACAUCUUGCGUUGACCGAGUCCGUCGACGACGAGAGUCAGGCACUUGAGAACACCAUCCAGCGCUUCACUGCCAGUCUCCUGCCCCUCCAUCAGCUCAACGGUACCCUUGCCGAGAGUAAGCACUCGUUGAUUGUCGUCCACACCCUCGCACAGGCGGCGCUUGUUCGUUUGCAUUACCGAUUCAGCGAGAACAACCACCUCCGCCACGAGAAGUGUCUUCAAGCAGCACGUGCUUGUCUGCUGAUUAUCCGACACAUCGGUGACGCGGACUACGACUACCUCGACCCGAUCAUCGGCUCAUGCUGGGGGUCGGCGGCUAAUGUUUUGGUUCGCGAAAUCGCUAGAAUAGAAGCGUGGUCAGCAGUGAGCACUGCAGAGCUGCAUGCGCAUGUUGGGACUUUCGUUAGCGCAAUGUCGAAACUCAGUUUGAGGUUCCCGUUGCUAGGUGAUUUCCUCCGUCGCAUCUGUAUCAUUAAGACAGAAUCUUGACGCAAGGAAUCCUUUUUCCGCUCUUUUUUUAUCCCC